AUGGCCGAGCCGGGACCCGGCACCGGCCGAGCCCGGGAGGAGGAACCGGACCCCGCCGGCAAGGAGGAGGCGGCGCCGGCCCCCAAGAAGCGGCGGCUGGCGGGCGGCGAGCGGUACGUGCCGCCGCCGCGGAAGCUGAACCCCGGCGUGAGCUUCGGCGCCGAGCACUUCGCCGAGACCUCGUACUACUUCGAGGGCGGCCUGCGCAAGGUGCGCCCCUACUACUUCGACUUCCGCACCUACUGCAAGGGGCGCUGGGUGGGCCGCAGCCUCCUGCACGUCUUCGGCACCGAGUUCCGAGCGCAGCCCCUCUCCUAUUACCGCGCCGCCGCCCGCGCCGGCCGCCUGCGCCUCAACGAGGAGCCCGUGAGCGACCUGGACAUCGUGCUCAAGAACAACGACUUCCUCAGGAACACGGUGCACCGGCACGAGCCGCCGGUCACCGCCCAGCCCAUCCGCAUCCUGGCCGAGGACGAGGAGGUGGUGGUGGUGGACAAGCCCUCGUCGCUGCCCGUGCAUCCCUGCGGCCGGUUCCGGCACAACACCGUCAUCUUCAUCCUGGGCAAGGAGCACGGCCUGCGGGAGCUGCACACCCUGCACCGCCUGGACCGCAUGACCUCGGGCGUGCUCAUGUUCGCCAAGACCGCCGCCGUGUCCAAGCGCAUCGACGAGCAGGUCCGGCAGAGGCAGCUGGAGAAGGAGUACGUGUGCCGGGUGGUGGGGGAGUUCCCGGAGCACGAGGUGGUCUGUGAGGAGCCCAUCCUGGUGGUGUCCUACAAGGUGGGCGUGUGCCGCGUGGACGCCAAGGGGAAGCCGUGCCAGACGCUCUUCCAGCGGCUCAGCUACAACGGCAGCAGCAGCGUGGUGCGGUGCCUGCCCCGCACGGGCCGCACGCACCAGAUCCGCGUCCACCUGCAGUUCCUGGGACACCCCAUCCUCAACGACCCCAUCUACAACAUGGAGGCCUGGGGACCAGACAGGGGCAAGGGCGGCAGGAUCGGCAAGACAGACGAGGAGCUGCUAAAGGCGCUGGUAGAGGAGCAUCGCUCCAAACAGAGCCUGGAGAUCUUGGGUAUCGGGGAGGAGGACUUGAACUCUGCUGGGGAAAGUAAAGACUGUGGGAAUUCAGGUGACUGCACCAAGUCUGAUCCUGUAAAUGGGAGUUCCUGCCCUGCUGAGGAUGAGAAGGAUCUGGAGAGGAAUGACGUAGCAGCUUGUCCACUGAACACUGAUACCAACCUGGAACCGCCUGAUAAAGACAAAGAGCUCCGUUUGUGUGGGAAUCAGGAUGGGCAGGCAGGGGAGAAGGGCUGGGAAGAGAAGGACCCUUUGUGUGUGGAGUGCAGGACAAGCAGGCGGGACCCCUCUCCCAAGGAGCUGGUGAUGUUCCUGCACGCCCUGCGCUACAAGGGCGCCGACUUUGAGUACUGCUCCAGCAUGCCCGAGUGGGCCAUGGAGGACUGGCAGGAGUGACCAGGACACCCAGCACCUGCAGGCCGUGCUGGCUGGCACAGUGGCGUGCAGAGACCAAAGAUUGACUUUGCAUUGUGGCUGAGGUGAACAGAAUGUGCCUUGAGCUGGGCUGGGAGGGAUCAGUGGGGUUGGGGAAUUAUCCCUCUUCCCACAGGUGCUGUGAAAGAUGAGCAGGGAAGCGAGGCUAAAACAGGAGUUUUAUGUUGCCUUUUAGUGAACUGGCACUUGAGGGCAGCAAGGACUGAACUCUGCUCGGCACAGGCAGCUUUGCCUUCACCUCAAUGGAUUCUGGAUCAAUUAUCCACAUGGAUGAUGAAGUGUAUGCACUAAAAGUCGAAAACUUAUUUUUCUUCCAGCCUGCUGUGUUCCUGUGUCUUACAGUAAGAGCUGCUGGAUGUCAUGUCAUAAAAAAACCCUGUUUUUAUUGUAUUUUGUUGUCAGAUUGAUUUCAAAAUGACAAGAUUACUCCUGAGAACACUGUGAGGUAAAACCAGGACACUGUGA